AUGCCGUCGGCGCUGGCAAAGUCGAUUGCGCGCGAGGCGGCGCGUAUUGUGGGGCCCGGGCGGUCGUCGCUCUCGUACGACGCGACCUUGUCCAAUCUGGCAGCCGAGUCGGCGACGACGCUGAGCUCGGCGCUGUCGCGAGCAAGGGCGCAGCAGACACGGGUAGCGCGGGUAUUGCGCAGCUCGCGGCCAUCGCCGUCGCUCCGGCGCGUCCGAUCGCCGCACGGCUCCCCCCACGGAUCGUCAUACGGCUACGAGUCCGAAAACGACAAGGCCUCCCGCGAUGCGCGCCGGCGGCGGACGGCACGGAGAAGGGGGCGGCGGCCAUCGAUUGUAGACGCAUCGAGCGCUGCAUCGGCUGACAUUGAGCACGCGGCGACGCUUCGGUCGCGCAUGUCUGUACGGCGAAGGGCCACGGCGGGCUCGUCGCCGGCCAGCGGAUCGGACUUUCGGGACUCAGGGCUCGAGUCUGUGGCGGCGUGGGUCUCGCCCAUUGCGCGGCAGCGCGAGAGCUCGCCCAUUGCGCGACGGUACGAAUCCUCGCCCGGCGUGCCGCGGCCAAGACAAGGUGAGCGCGCGGGUCGGACGCAGUCGCCGACGGCGAUGGCGCUGCAGUCGGAGAAUGAGAAGCUCAAGCAAGAGAACAAGAUGCUCCGCGAGAGCGUAGAGGCGGCCGAAGCCGAGCUCGAAACUGCGAUGGCCACCAUGGUCGAGCUUCGCAACCAGGCAACAGCACUCAAGUCGCAGGUGCGCUCGCAUGGCGGAGCGUCUGCGACAGAAGCAACUCUGCGGCGCGAGCUGGCGGCGGCGCGGCGCGAGCUGGCAGAAUCGCGGAAGCGCAGCCCCGUCAGAGGCGUGGCAGCGGAUGCGGCGAUGGAGGCUGAGCUUGCAGCAGAGGUCAAGCGGCGGUUUGUGGCGGAGGAGCGGGCAGAGGAGCUCAAGGGCGGACUGGACGCCAUGAAGGAUCGGCUCUCUACGCUCACCAUCUCGAUGCGGGAGCUCGAAGCGGCGUCGCAGGCGAAUGUGUGCGGAAUAUGCCGUGGGAGAGGCGGGCUGUCCCGGGCGUCAACGCUGUCGAUGACGGAUCUGCGGCAGGAAACCGGUGGCGGCAGAGGCUCGCACGGGAUGUCGCGCGAGCAGGAGAUUGCGAUCCGGCAGCGCGACGAGGCAGUGGCAGAGGUCCAGCGACUUCGGCGUGAACUGGCGACAAACGCCGAGAGGCUGGCAAAGAAGGACGCAGGACUGCGUGCGGUGACGCGGCAGUUGAAGGCGUUGCGAUCGCAGUUGGGGCCGUAA